AUGACGCAAAAAGACGCGGUCGCUUCGACUAGCGAGUCUGGAGAAACUUCGGUCGAUGCCCAGGAUGCGACGACGGAAAAGAGCCCGCCAAAGUUCGACAAGGGGCCGAGGUUCUGGGCCAUCAUGGGUGUCCUCUCCCUCAUCAGCCUUCUCACGUCGCUGGAAGCCACAGUCACCUCGACCGUCAUGCCAUCGCUUGUUGCGGAUUUGGGUGGCGGCGAAAGCUUCAUCUGGGUUUCCAACGCAUACUUCUUGACCAUGACUUCUUUCAUGCCCAUGUUUGGCCAGCUUGCAAACGUGUUUGGCCGCCGGUGGCCCUUGAUCAUAUCCGGGAUCCUCUUCAUGAUCGGGAGCGGCGUUUGUGGCGGAGCCACCAACAUGGCCGCCAUGAUCGGCGGUCGAGCGGUGCAGGGCAUCGGAGGCGCGGGUAUCGGCGUCCUCUGCGAGAUCGUCAUCUGCGACCUGGUGCCGCUCCGCGAGAGAGGCACCUACAUGGGCGCCGUGUUCGGCAUGGUGGGCAUCGGAGCCGCUCUCGGCCCUUUCUUUGGCGGACUCAUCGCCAGCUACAGCACCUGGCGCUGGGCUUUCUACAUGAGCCUGCCCAUUGGCGGCGUUGCCACCGUGCUGCUGAUUGCCUUCCUGCGAGUCAAGUAUGACAGAUCCCAGACGUGGGCCACCAAGUUCUGGAGCCUCGACUGGCUGGGCAACAGUCUCUUCAUCGGCGGCACCGUCCCCGUGCUGAUUGCCCUCGGCUGGGCGGGAGGACAGCACCCUUGGUCAUCGUAUCAAGUCCUCGUGCCGCUCAUAGUCGGUCUGACCACGAUGGGAGCCUUUGUCGCGAUCCAGGGCAAUGCGCGCCUCACGCCGAAUCCCAUCAUGCCCCUGCACCUCUUCGGCAAUCCCAUCAGCCCCAUCGUCUUCCUCCUCACCUUUCUCCACGGAAUCGUCACCAUGUGGGCGCUUUACUUCCUCCCGGUCUACUUCCAGGGCGUCCUCGCCGUCGAUGCCUACAAGGCCGGCAUCUAUCUUCUGCCCACCAUCCUCGCGCUCCUCCCUGGCGCCAUCAUGGGCGGGUUGCUGCUCAGCAAGUUCGGCCGCUACAAGCCCAUCCUCAUCGUUUGCUUCGCCUUGAUCGUCGUGGGCUUCGGCCUCUUCACGAUGCUGGACGACACCUCAAGCACGGCCGCCUGGGUGGGCUUCCAGGUGGUCGAGUCCUUCGGCGCGGGCUUCGGCAUGGGGGCCAUGCUCCCGGCGCUGCUGGCUCCGCUGACGGACAAGGACACGGCGCUGGCGACGGCGACGUGGGGCUUCAUGCGGAGCUUCGGCGUCAUGUGGGGAGUCGCCAUCGCCGGCACCAUCUACACCAGCCGGGCCUCCGAGCUCGCCGGUGACGGCGCCAUCAGCGACGCAGCCGUGACCGCCGAGUUCAUGGCCGGCGGGGCAUAUGGCGCUGCUGAAGUCCACUUUCUCGACUCGCUCUCGGCACAGACGCGUGCUCAAGUCAUCUCUGUGCAGAGCAUCGCACUGGAGCGGUCCUGGCAGGUUGCCAUUGCCUUCGGCGGCGUGGGGCUCAUCGCUGCUGCUGUCAUGAAGCAGAUUCCGCUCAGAAAGGAGAACGACACCGACUUUGGCAUGGUAGAGAAGAACAAGGACAAGCCUACCGAGGAGGAGCAGCCUACCAAGGAGCAGAAGUAG